CAACGAAGGCCGAGCAACCAUAAGGUGCCUUUAACAGGACUAGGAAAGGUGAAAGGUGAAUUUAUCGUGAAACCAUGCAAUUUUUGGCAGAAGGAGGGCCACUAUAAAAUUCGAGACGUUUCUCAGUAUCGACAUCAGUCUUUCAAUCGGGACUAACCAAACAUACACAUCCAUCUUCAAAAUGAAAACCAUCAUUGCUUUUGCCGCCUUUGUCGCCAUUGCUGUAGCAGUUCCUCUACAAGAACAUCAGGAAACAGUCGUCGUGAAAGAAACUCCUUCUGAUAAUAUCGGUCUUGGCAGUUAUAACUACGGUUACCAACUUUCCGACGGACAAGCUAAACAGGAAUCUGCAGAAUUAGUCAAUGGUGGAUCUGAUGGACAAUUCCUGACAGUUCGCGGCAGCUUCUCCUUUGUCGAUCCAAAUACCAAUGUUGCAUACACUGUGAACUACGUUGCCGACGAGGAUGGUUUCCAUCCACAGGGAGAACAUCUUCCCCAUGUUUAAAUGAUACAAAUAUUUGACAUAUGACAUUCACCAAUAGCCACACUCCAAGUACCAUCUACGA